AUGUGCCAUUUCACCUUCUUUUUACUUCUUUUAAUUGCCUAUCAAUCCCCUAAAAAUGCCUCUCAAAUUGACAAGCUUAAUAAGGAUCUUCAGUCUCAUAAUGCUUCCAAGGAGUCUCUUGAGACACUGAAAGAGCUUUGUGGAUAUGCUGGGAAAAUUCAAAAAAAUUCCUUUGACGAUCAAAGUUGUAAAAACCUUUUAGAUAACCUCUGCACAGGCCUCGAAAAAUUUCUCGGCUACCAGGAUGGUAAUUACACCGGUGAAGGCAUCGUGUACUCCGACCUUGACAGGCUCUGCGACGGGGUGAUGGCAUUCUUGUACGGCGUGUUGGAGGCAGUUAAGGCGGAUGAUGCUGUUAAGACGUACGAUAAUGAUCUUAGUGGAAGUAAAUUGAAUGAUGUUCUCAAGGAACUUGAAUCAUCCAUAGGUACGGGGUCUGUGAAAUUUGGUCCGCAGGUCACUGCGGUGAGUGCGUGGCUUGGGAGGUAUGAGAGGAGUGUGGAGGGGAAGAUUAAGGUAUUGAAAAACCCCAUCAAAAAUUUGAUAAAGGAUAUUAGCGAAGUAAAAGAUGAAAUAGCGAAGCAAAAAUAUUUUGAAAUUUCUGAGCAAAUCGCGUUGUGGAAGGAGCGUGCUGGGCAGUACGUUGCCAAGGUGGGAAGAUCGGAAAGUGCUUUAAAUGAUGUCGAUAAAAACCUCAAAAUGAUCUUGUCGCCUAAAAUAGAUUUGUUGAAACAGGCUACAGAGAGAUUUGAGAUGAAUGCUCGAAAUGAUGAUCUAAACAUAAUGCUUACUUUCGCCAGUGACAUGAUGUAUGUAGUUACGCAGUUUGUUAAUACGCGAACGAAAAAACAUUCUGCAGACCUUCAAAUGUAUCUGACAGAUCAGAUUGGAAAAUUACAUACAAAAAUUGGAAUGUUCAAAUCUGUACAAUUUAGCCAGUUGAUAAAGUCCGUCAACGGGCUCCAUGAGGCUUUGUACAUCGUGAAAGCUGGCAUAGCGAGCCUUGAAACGAAGUAUGGAAAAGAGAUUCUUGGCGGAGUCCAAGAGAUCAAAACCAAGGUUUCCGAUCUGAAGGACUUGGUUAAUAGAGAGAAGGCGACCCUUCAGCAGCAGGUUAGUGAUUUGGGGUUCCAGAUGGAUAAACUUAAAGAGCUUAACACAGGUGUUAUAGAAAAUAUGCCGGAAGAAUUGGAUGGAUUCACGAAGGACGAAUGGAGCGUUAAUGAUCAGAUUGCACCGCUUUAUAGUGAGAUUACAAGUAACGUUCAAGGGUAUGUUGGAGAAUUGGCAGAUGGUUUGAAAGCAGCGGUAACGGCGGCUGUAGUUUCUAUUGGGCAGACUCCCGGUCUUAUUGUGUUGAAAAGCACGCCAUUGGGGGAGAUACAGCAGGUGGGAGCGUGGAUUGGCCAAGCCGUCGGACCCGAAGCCGAUCCCAUUCUUGGUGCAGACCUAGAACGGUUCUUAAGCAAUCUCAAAGACGCCGAGAGUAAUUGGAAAACUCUAUCCCCUUCAUCCACAAAAAUAUAUGGCAUAAUGCGCGAAGCCAUUAAAAAAGCGAUCAGUGACAAGGCCACCGACGGCCAAUUCAAGACUAAACUCUUCAACCUAGUCACAGCUGCCGUUGUUAAAGGUAUCGCUGAACUUCAGGAGGCGGUUACGCAAGUCGUUACGGAAAAUCUCAAUAAAAUUAAAGAAGACCUUGAAGCACUCAAAAACAAAGAUGAUCAAGGCAAGUCGCCGCUUAAAGCUGACGCAGCGGCGUUACUAUCCCGGAUCGAACAAUUUUUGAAUGAAAAUGUUGGAGAGAAUGGGGAUAAGGCGGGCACUUUUCACAAGGAUUUGAAACAUUUUAAACAAGAGAUUGACAAGCUUGAAAGAAAAGUUGGGGAUGUUGUAAGUAACGUAGACGCCGUUGGAACGGAGUUGCAAGGCUGCAUUAGCCAGGCGGAAAAACUGCUCCAUGAUUCGCCUACAAAAGCUAAAACAAUCAUACAUCAAUUGCUUGAAGAAGUCAACAGCAAAAUCACUAAGGGCUAUGAAGCCCUGCAAAAUAAGACAAAAGAUCUCUACACUAAAAGAAAGAUAACUGAAUUCGAAGCCCUACAGAGCAUUGUUCAAGAACAAUUUACGCAGAUUGAGAGAAUUAUCGACAUAGAUAAAAAGAACGGCGUGAAGGGCUUCUUAAGUAAGUUGAACAGUAAGUUUACAGCUAAUGUUAAGCGCAUUGAAAGCAUUAUUGCGGCGUCCGCUUCGAAGCAAUCCUCUCGUUACGGAAAUGCAUGGCUUAGCCAGGUGGCAGAAAUUCUACAGCACUGCUUUAGAGAAUUCUUAGAAAUAUUAAAAAUGCAGGACGAAAUCUUUUAUUUUGAUUACGAUAUUUCAGACAUUUGGGAUCCUUUGGAUGGCCUGUUUAAACAGCUUAAAGAGUCUCAACACUUUAACCACCGUUCUAACUCCCGUCUUACUCACUUCGAAAUUGCGCUUUCCAAUUUACCCGCCGAAAGGUUCCCAGACCCACCCAAAGCAGUCUUAUCGCCACUCAAGUCCGGGAUGGCCAACUUCACCAAGGAACUCUCCCAAGCGUACGUGAACGCGUAUAGCGGUAAGCAUUUUGAGGGUUCAUUGUUGAAAGACAAAGAUCCUGAGCCCCAACUCGUGACCGCUGGAAAUCCUGUAACUCCCAAACCUUCUACUCCGCACACCGAUAAAGUCUUGACCACCGAGGGCCUCAACUGCGCCAAGGUCUGCCUGACGAUUAUGGAGGGGCUGAGAAAAGAUGUGUUUGAUUUGAGAAGAGAAUGUGAAAAAAAUUGGAAAGAGAAGCAAAUAUGUAUGACUGAAUUAGAUAGUAAGAAAAAUGAAGUUGGCAAUUCACUUGGUCAAUGGUUGACCAACCGCGGGUAUAAGGUGGCUACCGACAAAGACAAGCAGGAUGGUGAGCUGCGAAGAUCCGAUAAAAUGAAAGGGACGAAUAUUUAUGAUGAACUACUUAACAAGGAUUAUGUAAACGUCUCCCAAAUCCCAAUCUUGAAAGAGUGGAAGGAAACAAAUAGGACGGACAAAAAGGAUGACAACAUUAACCUCUUCGACAUUACCGAUUUCCUUCGCGAAUUUUUUCGAAAGUACUACCAAGUAUGCCAACAUAAGCAUAUUCUAUCUCCCAAAGCACCCUCCAAUAUAUAUCAAAUGCUUUGCUGGCUCUCUGGGCUCCGGUGGAAUCCGAUGUACGACAAACUCGGUGAGUACUUCAAGGAACUUUACUACAAGCCUAAGGGACAGGAAGCAAAGCCGUAUAAAGACUUUAAAGAUACAGAUCUUAGCAUACCUGCCACCUCGCCAUUGAACGCUCUUGAAACCGAAACACUUACGCCUAAGAUACUAAAAGAUGGGCUCGAACAGGUUUGUUUACUCUCGCAACUUGUAGCAAUCGCCUUCCUCGGCAAUGGUCACGCGGGUGGCCGUUAUGCCUGCGACUUCCGCACAAACCCAGAUGAAUUAUUAUAUCCCUCUAACUCAUCUUCAUGCUUUGACAUCUUAGUAGAUAUAUUGAAGAGAGUGUUCUAUCAAUUGCGCUUCUUAUGUAGCCAGUGUUCCAACAGCCGUAGUAGGGGCGGCUGGGCUGAAUGCCAUUACGGCAGGUACAUCGGCGGGUCAUCGUGGGACUGUAAUGAGAAGCAGUGUGCCAACCAAGAGUGUCCUCAUACUGCCAACCUAACAGCUACUCAAAACAAAAACCAAACCUGUGACCAGCACCCUCAGUGUGGUGUAAAAUCGCCAUUACAGUCGUUCCUGGAGGACGGUCUGCCAGGGUUUCUGCCACAUUCAUUUAAGACUCCGGGUUGCAAACUUACAUGUACUAUACCUAACCACUUCGGAAAGCCGUGUCUCACUCCCAUGGGAUUUACCGAUAUCUGUGUUGCUGCUUCGCAUACCAAAACAGGCGCACAUCUCAGGGCCGAAGUUUCCCACCUUUGCGGUGAUGCAGGCAAACCACUCACUAAGUUGUGUUCUUACCUCAAUUGCCUGCUUCGCGUAGCACCGCAGACUCUUGGCGAUAUGUUAGCGUUCUACUAUCAGUUACUUAAACAGUGGACCAAGAGUCAACAUAAAAAGACAGCAUUUGAUAAAGCUGUAAGAGAUGCUAAUUUCGGACAAGAAAGCACUAAAUUAGAUCCGACUGCUAUCCAACUCAGCAGUGCGCACUCCGACAAACAUUCCCGCGGUGACCUCUUCAGCCUUACAGAGUGUAAUCAUAAGACAAAUCCGGGCCUACCAUGCGGUAAAUACUUGCAUCCGCUUACAUUGAAUAGCCGAUCCGUUCUUUCUGAAAAGCGCGCUGGAAAUUAUCUCUCCUGGGUGGUGUACAGCACUGAGACAUUCCUUGGCCAGGCACCAGAUGCUGUGAUAAGAGCUGUGAUGGGAAAUGUCCUGUGA